AUGACUCAGCCACUCCCAUUAGCUGCUGGUAUCUCAAUUUCCUUCCAGGAUGAGAAGUUACAAAUUCUUACGUCUCUAGUGAAAUUCCAGAUGAGCUGGAAAAAUCAGUUCCUCACUUGGGAUCCCCAAAGCUUCUGUGGAAUCUCUAAGAUCUCCAUCCCUGUGGACUCUGUAUGGAAGCCUGACCUCUUUGUCUCUGAAAUGACUGAAGAUCCUCAAUCCCCCACAGUUCCUUUCAUGUCCCUCUCCAGUGAUGGCACCAUCAACCAAUGGAAACCAAUCAGGAUAGUGAGCACUUGCAGCUUGGAUAUCUACAAGUUUCCAUUUGACACCCAGAAGUGCAACCUGACCUUUGGUCCCUAUGUGCAUACAGUUCAGGACAUAGUGGUGGUGCCAAAGUCCAACUCCUCUGCAGUUACACAAGCUUCCCAGGAGAAUUAUGCGAAAAGCGAAUGGCUCCUUAGGAAAGUGGAUGUUCUGAGCAAUAACGUAUCCACUGAGGAGAAAGAAUGGAGUCAAGUCACGUAUCAGAUAACCAUACAGAGGGUACCAAUCCUAUAUGUCAUCAAUCUCAUAGUCCCUGCCGGUUUCCUGGUGCUUGUGGAUGUUGCCAGCAUGUUCAUACCUAUGGAAGGAGGCGAGCGGCUGGGGUUUAAAAUAACAGUUGUUCUAGGAUUCUCUGUGCUCUUGCUGAUAUUGAACGAUUUGCUUCCCAAUUCAGAAGUCACGCCAAUCUUGGGUGUCUUCUGUGCUGUGUGCCUGGUGAUCAUGAUAAUCAGCAUUGUCGAUUCCAUCUUUAUCUCCUACAUGCUGCAUCUCUCAGCAGUGCGACCGGAUGUGCCCCAGUGGCUGAAGAUCUGGGUACUGAAGCAUUUGGCUUUCAUACUUCGCAUUAACACAGCGGAAGUUAGUGAAAGCAAUGCUGCUGGAGUCAGGAACACAAACAAAGCUACUUCUGUGGUGGGAGAAGCAGCAGACAUACAAACCAGGAGAUGCUUACAAAAAGAACAUGACAGUGCGGAAAUUAAACUGCUGAAGAAGGUGCUCCUGGAGCUCUUAAUGAUCCGUCGUCACAUGAUCAUGAGUAAGAGAGAAGAGGAGGCCAAAUCAGAGUGGAAUAUGGUGGCGUUUGUCCUUGACAGAUUCAUCCUGAUUUGCUACCUUCUAACAGUGUUCAUUAUUUUGAUAACAGUUGUGGUAGUUUGGGCUUUCUAAGCUGUUUAACAGGCCAUACUUGUAAUUUGGGAAAGACGCUUCUUUUUCUGUGAUGUGUCUAUAAAUCCAAAGUAGAUAAGCAAAUCUGAGAUGAACUUGUAAACAGAAGGGUGAUAGCUCAAUAGCUCUGAUUACUGCCCGGAGCUUCCUGUGGGUCACUCUCACAGGUUUCCAUUCCAGUUUCUAGAGGGUCUUACUAUAACAGGCCACAAUGACCUCCUCUUGUCUGCUGUGCACCUGGGAAAACACAGCUCCUGUUCCAGUCUAGCUUGAGUUACUACCCAGCACAAAUAAGUAACCUGGCAGAGGAUAUCCCAACACUGGCACAGCAAUCAAAGCCAACUUCAGCUCUUGGAAUGCCUAGCUCAGCCUGGCUCUCCACAGGAAUGGUGACUUCUUCUCUGUUAGUCUAUGCAAUGGGGCAGCUAUCCCAGCAAAGCUCCAGGAAACCUCUGGUAGUAGGAGACAAGCCGCAGGAACCCUUGAAGCUGGUGGAUAUGCUGGGGUUCUGGCCACGGCAGGCACUUUUCCCUGGGUCAGUGGAGAUCCAUUCCUCACUAACCACGUGUCCCAGAAAGCGUUUCCCUUUAGAACAGCUUGCACAUGGCAGGGUUGAGCUUUAGGUUUACUCCUGGAAACUGCUCUACUUGCCCAUUCCAGAGCUGUACAAGAGUUCCUGUUCAGAUCAGCAUGUUGUGUGAGUACACGGACACCUGAAAAGUGGUGGGUUGCCCAGGGCCUGCUCCAUUAACAAAUGUAGCUGGUGCAUUAUGUCAUCCAAAACAGCAUGAUACUGAACUCCCACAAGCCCUGUCCCUUGGUAAAGGUGGUCUUCACAUGGGGUGACUUUCCCCCCUCACCUUGCCAGCACCCACUCUGUUGGUCCAGUGCAGAGAACCAUUUGGAUUCUGCUCAUGUCUCCAGCAUAUUGUCAGUGUGGGGCAUAGGAUCUGAGUCCUUGUGAAUCACCUCAUUCAAAUGUGGGUAAUCGACACAGAUCUGUGUUGUGCUGUCUUUCUUGCCCACCAGUGCCAUGGGGGAUAGAUAGUCAAGGACUUUUGGAUGGUUCAAGUAUCAGGGGGUAACCGUGUUAGCCUGUA